AGCCAGUUCAGUGGCAAUGCCAUUUAGAAACGCCCUAGCCAACUCUUCUCAAACGAAUCCCAAUGUCUCCCUUGUGAACUCCAUAUCGUCACUUCUACAAACCCUAAACCCCCAAAACCCCAACCCCUCAAAUCUCAGUUCAAUCCCUCUGAAUCAGUUUUCACCUGACCUUAACCCAAAGUUAGUCAUCAAAGUCAUCAAGAACCAGACCAACCCUUACCAUGCCCUCUUCUUUUUCAACUGGGCCUCCAACCCUAUCCCUAACCCUAAAAACUAUUUCCACACCCACGAAUGUUACCUGGCCAUCACUGAUGUCCUCCUCUCUCACUCCCUCUUCUCCACUGCUGUCUUGCUCCUUCAGAAGUACCACAAAAUCUCGGACUUUGUGGUCGGUAAGUUGAUCAAGGCCUAUGGGGAUCGUGGCGAUAUUAGGGGCGCAAUGCAUUGGUUUCAUACAGCGAAAUUGAUAGAGAAUGGGCGGUGUUUGUUUUCAUAUAACGCGAUACUGGGUGUGUUGGUGAGAGCAAAUAGGGUUAGUUUAGCUAAAGCAUGCUAUGAUCAAAUUGUGAAGGAAGGCGUGGUGAAACCCGAUGUUUAUACUUACACGACGAUGAUUAGGGGGUUUUGUAAAUUGGGUAUGAUUGAAAAUGCGAAGAUGAUAUUUGAUGAAAUGGAUUGUGAGCCAAAUUUGGUUACUUACAAUACUGUGGUUAGUGGGUUUUGUAAGAAGGGUGAUAUGGAGAGUGCACAGGAAGUGUUUGAUCGAAUGACGGAGAAUAAGGAUUGCUUGCCUGAUACGGUGACUUGUACCACUUUGAUUGAUGGGUAUUGUAAGAAAGGUGAAUUGAAUGAGGCAAUAAAGUGCUUCGGUAACAUGGUGAAUUGGGGUUGUGAUCCGAAUCUGCUGACGUACAAUGCGUUAAUUAAUGGCUUGUGUUUGAGGGGUAAUGUUGAUGAAGCAAAGAGGAUGAUGACCAAGAUGAGGUUAAAUGGGUUGAAGGAUAAUGUUGCAACGCACACGAGUAUAUUAAAGGGGCUUUGCUUCGUUGGGAAAUCUGAUGAAGCUAUUAAACAUCUUAAGCAGAUGGUUGCUCUUGGGAUUAAACCAGAUGUGCAGGCUUUUGGUGUUGUUGUUAAUGAGUUAUGCAAAAUGAAGAAACCAGUUGAAGCAAUUUCCCUUUUGAAAGAAAUGAUGGCAAGAGACUUAAAGCCAAGUGUCUCAAGUUUUAAUGUAGUGUCUAGGGUUCUUGUAGAAAAUGGAGAUCUUGAAAGGGCUGUUCUUCUUUUAAAGUUGAUGCCACAAAUGGGUUGCUGUCCGAACUUCUUAUCGUAUAACACAGUGAUAUGUAGUCUCUGUAGGAUGAGAGGUAGAAUGCAAGAAGUUGGAGAGCUUGUCAGCGACUUGCUUCAAAACGGUCAUGUCAUGGAUGCCACAAUGUAUAAUUGCUUGAUUAUGGGAUAUUGUGGGGACGGAAAUGAGCAAACGGCAAUGCGGGUUCUCUAUGAGACAAUUGAUAAGAAUUAUGUCGUUAGUGUGGAGAGCUUUUCAAUCUUAGUCAAGGAAUUGUGUGCGAAGGGGAAGGUCAUUGAGGCCAAGAGGAUUUUUGAGGAUUUGUGUAGGAGAUGCUCUGUUCUUGAUGUAAAUAGUUACAGAAGGGUUUUAGAGAAGCACUUGUCUUUAUAUGCAGAGAAUUGAAUGAUCGACCACCAGCAUUCGAAUGGAGUGCUACGCCAGAAUGAGUACAGCUGAGGGUGAAAUUGUUGAGGAUGCAGAACACUGGACUCUUGUCCAGCACUAGAAUUGUCUGCUAAUUUUUUGUUCUUUUAAACUAACGGUUAGAAUCUGAUAGCACUUCCAACUGGAGCCAAGAAAAUUUGAUAUUCUCUUUCAACGUAAAUUCUGAUCCUUGUGUUUUCAUCUUCGUAUGGCUGCUCCAUGGGAAAGAAAGACUGCUCCAUGGGAAAGAAGGAAACCCUCUUAGGCAACAGCAGCAUGUUUCCUCCUCCCUUCUGCGGACAUACAAAAAUAAAAUAAAAGUCAGAAGUAUAGAAUCCAU